AUGACGAGAAGAAAGAUACAGAUAAAGAAAAUAGACAGUGUAACAGCAAGACAAGUGGCUUUCUCAAAGAGAAGGAAAGGUCUCUUCAAGAAGGCACAUGAACUCUCAACUCUCUGUGAUGCUGAGAUUGCUCUCUUGGUCUUCUCUUCCACUGGCAAGCUCUUUGAUUAUGCUAGCUCAAGUAUUCAGCAGGCAAUUGAAGGUAUGAUCAACAUUCAGCCAUUCAAAUACAAGCUUCAAGGAUGCACGCUUGAAGAAUUGCAGACACUAGAGGAAAGACUUGAAAGGGACUUGUCCCGUGUUUCAAAAACAAAGGAUGAAAGAAUCUUAAAACAAAUCAAUGCACUUAAGAGAAAGGGAAUCCAACUCAAGGAAGAAAACCAAAGAAUGAGGCAGAGCCUUGUGCAUGAACAAGGGCAGUCUUCUGAGUCCAUCAUCAUUUGCAGUUCAUCUGACAUUAAUCCUCCUCAAGACUGUGAUAGUUCUGAUACAUCUCUCAGGCUUGGGUAAUUAAUUAGUUUAUCUACUUUGUUGU